UCCCCGGUUCAUUUCAAAGGAGGACGCACCGGAAGUCAUCGUUUCAUCACAUCUCGACGGAGGAAGUACGAAGAGACCGAAACAUCUACACGUUAACGUCUCUACUCCUCUAAACCUCCUCCUGUCUUCACUCUUAACGCUCUCCACACUUCAUCCAAGCCUCUGGGACUCUCAUCUCAGCGAGAAUGACCGACAGAUACAACAUCCACAGUCAACUGGAGCAUCUUCAGUCCAAGUACAUCGGUACAGGACACGCCGACACCAGCAAGUGGGAAUGGCUGGUCAACCAGCACAGAGACUCUUACUGCUCCUACAUGGGACAUUUUGACCUGCUCAACUACUUCUCCGUCUCUGAGAACGAGAGCAAAGCGCGUGUCCGCUUCAACCUGAUGGAGAAGAUGCUUCAACCGUGUGGACCACCGUUAGACAAACCUGAUGACGCUUAGAUUACACUGGAGUGAACUGUGGAUGUUUUUUUACUGGAUGUUUGUGUAGGAUUUGGCCCUGACCCUGCCAACACUGAAUUGAUUUUUCCAGUUACGAAACAGAAGAUACCUGGACACAGGUCUUUACAUUGUUUGCAUCUGGACCACUGAAAAACAUGUUUCUUGCCUCGUACUGCUCUGUAGCUGUCAGGGAAAUUUUCUACAAAGGUGAAAGAAAGGACAGUAGAGAGGGCUUCAAGAUCUAUACAUUUAUUAGAGAAGAUAAUAGAAAGCAAAUUGGUGUAAUAUCAUCUGCCAAGUAUUUGUAUUAACUGAUGGAUCUGUAUUCUUGAUUAAAAUUUCUGUUUUGAUUUCAUUCAAA